AUGACACUGAAUCGAAGACGGUCGUCCUUCGCAUCACCUCUGCCACUCCCUUCUCCUGGAGGUUCAGCGAUACCCCGCCCGAGCUCCGCUACGGGUCACCGAAUGCGUAGAGAUAGCAGCGAAGAUGCGCCAUCGCCAUCAGACGCAGAGCAGCGUAAUGUCAGAGUUGUUCUUCGAAUACGUCCAUCCGAUCCUGACGAUGCUUCUGUCCCUCCUCGAUUCCGCCAGACCCUAGUCCACCCUACGACUUCGACUGACAUCCGCGUUGAUGUAGAUCCGGCGACUCUGGCAGGUCAUGCCGUUACUUCGUCAGCUGCGGGGGUCAAAAGGCAUCCUACGUUCACCUUUGAUCAUGUUCUCGGGGAGAACGCAAACCAGGUGGACCUGUAUGAUGUGACUGCGAAGGACGUCGUAGGAGAAUUCCUCAAAGGUCACAAUGUGACAUUUCUGGCUUAUGGCCAGACUUCCUCUGGAAAAUCCUACUCUAUGGGUACGACAGGUGAAGAUGCCGAUUAUACCGGAAUUGAAUGGAAUGAACGUACUGGUUUGAUCCCAAGAACCGUCCAGGCAAUCUUCGAUCAAGCUGAAUCGGUCCGUUCGGAUGCUGGUCCAGGUUCGACCUUUGAGCUUCGUCUCAGCUUUCUCGAACUUUACAACGAGGAAAUCAUCGACUUGCUCUCCGGGUCUGGAGUGUCCAUCGCUAUUCGAGAGGAACGGGACGGCCGGAUUGUCUGGUCAGGCGUCCGAGAGAUCAAAGUCAAGGAUCUGGCAGAGGUCAUGCAACUGCUUUAUGAAGGAUCUGCCCGACGAAAGACGGGUGAAACGGGAAUGAACGCUACGAGCUCAAGAAGUCAUGCGAUAUUUUCUCUCACUUUGGUCCAAAAGAAGCGGGCGACGACUUCUCUCACCGCAUCCUCAUCCUUGCCCGUCUCCUCCGAGUUUGGUGCCAGAAGCCUUAAACGACCCUCUUCGACUCUCGGAUUUGCUUCUAGUCGCUCGCCUACACCAUCUGGAAGUCGGCCGCCGCCAAGCAGCUACCAGAAAUCGACAGGUAUUUCUAGACCGCAAUCUGUCAUGGGUAUCCCGCCGUCAUCAUCUGAAGGUGAAUUCUUGGUCAUCACGAGCAAAUUCAACAUGGUCGACUUGGCUGGCUCAGAACGACUGAAAAGGACGGCAGCCCAGGGAGAUAGGAUGAAGGAAGGUAUCAGUAUCAAUAGCGGCCUCUUGGCUCUGGGCAAUGUCAUUUCGCAUCUUGGCGAUCCAAUCAAAUCCAAGGGCCAUAUACCUUAUCGAGAUUCCAAACUCACUCGAAUGCUGCAAGACUCAAUCGGGGGCAAUUCCCUCACCACCAUGAUCGCCUGCAUCUCGCCGAUCGAGUACAAUGUCGCUGAGACUAUCAACACGCUCAAGUACGCCUCUCGAGCGAGAAAUAUCAGAAAUACAUCCAAAGCGAAUGCUGUCGAAGCAGGGUGGGACGAUGUAGAGCAUUUACAAGCUACUGUUGUUAAACUACGGAAGCAGCUCGCCAAUUUGGAUUCAGACGAAGGCAGGGCUAUUCACAAGGAUGCAGGCAAGGGUAACGAAAAGCUCAUUCAGCGCUUGGCGGAUUUGCAAAGGGAGCACACAGAGCUAUAUGACCGAUACCUUGCAAAGUGCAGCGAGAGCAUGAGACUCACCUCAGAAUUGAAGAAUGCCAAACCAGGUGAUGCCGACGCUUUGGCAAAGUUCAACGAGACGGUCGAGCCUGUCAUCAUUGAGUAUGAGAAGGUCGUGUCUGCUCUCAAUAGACAGCUUGACGGCCUUCGAGCGGAAUUGACAUCCAUCAAUGAGCUAUACGAAGAGCAGAGCGCUCAGUUGAAAGAGGCGCAGGCUGAAAAUGCCAACAACGAGGCAAAUGUGUCGGAGCUACGUGGUCGUGUGGCAAAGCUCACUGAACGCAACGAUGCCAGUGAAGUCUAUGUCCAAGACCUUGAAGGGCGUCUCAAGACCCAGACCGAGCAGCAAGACUCGAACUCUGCCGCGGUCGUUGAUCUUCGCAAGGAGAUUGCCAAACUGAAGGAGCUCAACGAUCAGCUUAAUAUUCACACGACCGAACUCGAAGCUCGCUUGGCUAAAGCCGAGACUCGAGGAUCCUCCCUAGAAGCUCAGAUUGAGUUGCAAGAAAAGGCAGCGGUGCAGCGCGAGAACGCGUACAAAGACUUGGAGAAACACAUCGAAGUCUUGGACACGAUGCACGAUAACAAGCUACUGUUGGAAGAAUUGGAGACCAAGGACCAGCGGGUCUCUGAGCUUGAGAUCCAAUGCGCAACCCUGGCUUCUGAUGUUAAGGAGGAGCAGACGAGGCUCAUUGGAGCGCUGGAAGCGGAGAAGGCUAUUCAAGGUCAACUUCGAUCUCAUAUCUCCAAAUCCAGCUCGGACACGUCCUUACAUCUCAAAGACUUGUCGAGUGUCUCAGCUAGCAAUGUGAAAGAGGCUUUGGGCGAGGGAGAACUGCCGACGCACUUGGAUCGUGACGGUCGACACGCGAACGCUAGCAUCACAGAGUCCGCGGACGCGACGGCUGAGGGGUCCGAUGAGAUCGCUCGAUUACGGAGAGCUCUGGAGGAUUUGGCGGCACGAUGCCAUGCCGCGGAAAGUCGAUUCCGAGAAGCAGAAGACAAAGUGAUUGACCUCACAUCACAACUCUCCGAGGCGACAUUGAUACGAGCCGAAAUUGACGAUGUGAUGCCACUAUCGCCUGCUCCUCUCACUCCUGGCACGGUCGGCGACAGGAGUGAGGCUGGAUCUCAGAUCCAAACACCCAAACGUACCAGCGAGAGUCCAUCGCCGACUCGUAAUACACCUCUACGCCGAAGCUCUGUACCCACGCUGUCCUCUUUAUCGGUUAUACAGAAGAGGGAUUUUCGUUCUACAAGAGGAUUGGCAGAUCUCAAACGGUCUCGACCGUUGUCCUUAUCUCAGGAGCUAUCCUCUGCGCAACCUUUGCUCUCUGCUUCUCGUAUGUCGUGGACUGGUUCCAGAGACUCACUACUUGGUGCCUCUCCGACCAAGUCUCCUCUAUCUCGAUCUCCUAGAUCUAGCGAGUCGCUAGAGAAGGAGCUGAAGUUCCUGCACAAGGUGGUUGAGGAACGGGACGCUGAGCUCAAGGAUCGCGAAGCAUACAUUGCUCAAUUGGAACGAAAUGCGCAUGAUUCUGCUCAGCCUCCGGCCGAUCACCACACGCAGAACGAUGCAGAGUCUGCCCAGGCGUCGCCACAUAUCAGGAUAGUCCCUUUGACUCCCGUGCAAAGUUCGCGCAAGGAACUUGCAGAGAACUCGGAAGUUUCACCUGCUGCAGAUUCUCAGGACCGCAUUGAUGCUUUGAUCAAGGAGAUGAAAGACAAGGAGCAAUCGCAUCGGGAGAUAAUAGACCAACAAUUUAUCCAGAUUGCAGAUCUACAGAAAACAAAUCACAAGCUGAAGGAGGAUCUCUACAGAGAACCUUCUGAAACCAUGACGACACUGUUACAGCUUCGACAAGAGCGGGACGAUCUAUUGGCGGAGAGGAGCAACAGGGCAAGGACCCCAGACAGUCCGAGUCGAGAGAUAUCCAGAGCACUCGAAGCUGCUAGAGGUCAGCACGCAGAGGAGCUGGAAGGCCUGCUGCAGAGCCAUAAAGAGACCAUCGACAACCUUCGACGAGAUCACGAGGCUGCUAUCGAGGAUCUUCGGACCGCGCUGGGGAAUGCUCGACAGGAGCAUCAGGAAGAGGUUGAUGGGGCUCGAGAGGCACAUCAAAUGCAGAUCGAAGAUCUGAUCAAGAAGCAUGCCGACGCUGUCUCUCAACUUGCUGCGGACCAAGAAGCCAUAGUCGGCGAGCUGGAGAGGUCGCUCUCGUCCGGUGAGGAGCAACGACGGCAGCUCAAGAUGAAGGCGGAUCAAUCGUUGUUUGAGUUGUCUCGCAUUCGAGACGAGCACGCUUUCCAGCGCAAUGCCGAUUUACGGCAGAUUGCAGAACUGCAAAAGGUCAAUACGGAGCUGGAGCGUGUCAGAACCGAGCUCGAUUCCGCCAACUCGGAGCUUCAGAAGCGCGCAUCGGAUCUGGAGAGCCGAUACUCUACACGCAAAGCGGGACUACCGCCACCCCAAGGUCCACCACCUUCUGCUCCGCUCCCACCACUACCCGCCUCGGCUCUCCCUUCGCCCGUCUUCAGAAGCCCCGGGUCUUCCGAUGGCGAUGCUUCGACGUCGACCCACCGAUCAAGCGGCUCCACGGCGCUGACUUCGAUUCAGGAGAUUGGCGCGGCCAUGGCGCAGAUGCCUGAUAAUAUCGGACAGGUCGUACAGAAGGUGGUAGCGGAGAGGGACACGGCAGUAUCUGAGAGGGAAAGUUUAAGAGUUCAGCUCCGGGCGGAGAACGCAAGGCUUCAGGAAGCUGACAAGCAGCUGCAGAGCGAGAAAGUCAAGACCGAAGAUUUGUCGAAAGAGCUGCACGAAUCGAAGAAGACUAGCUCCAAGCUCAGAGCUCAUCUCGAGGAUGCUCGACAAGAUACCAAGCGGGUUACAGCGGAAUGCAGUGCACACAUGGACGAGCUCAAUCAGCAUCGAUCCCGCAUGGCCAAGCUGUCUGAAGAGAGCGGGCACAAUAGGGAUUCAUUGAUGGCCGCAAACGCUCAGGUCGCGUCGCUGAGAGCCCAGCUGGAUCGAGCAGUGGAGACAAAGGUGAACAAAAAAUUGAACCAGAGGAUGAAGUGCUUUUAA